UACUGUAGGUUAGCAUUAGCCUGCUAGCCGCUUGAAGAGAUAGCUGAAGGCUAUAAAUUAUUUCGAAACUUCUGGAAACGUGUGGCUAGCUUGGCUACUGCUAAUCAAAAUAUAACGUUACUGUUGUAGCAAAACAGUAAACAGUACUCUACGAAUGACUGAAAAAGAAGAGAUCAUGGACGCCAGUGCGCCGUCAGUGAAGAAGAAUGGACGAACCUCGUUGCUGGACAGCGGAGAGGACUUUGAAGUUUUAGAUGAAGAAGACGUUGACGACGACCCUCCUCCUCCUCUGGAAGAUGCCGGCGGUGGGAAGGGGAAAACCAUGGACGAGUCCGAAAAGAAAAAUGCAGACUCAGAUUCAGACCCUCCAGGUCCGGUGGAAGAAUGGAUGGAUGUAUUGGGUAAUGACCAGCUGAAGAAAAAAGUCCUGGAGGCAGGGGAAGGGCGAGACAGUCGGCCACAGAAAGGACAAAAUGUAAAGAUCAAUCUUAAAACGUACUUGAAGGACGGGACACUCGUAGAGGAGCAGCCUGGCCUCUCUUUCACUCUCGGAGAUGGAGAUGUCGUCCAGGCUCUGGAUCUAACAGUGCAACUCAUGGAGAUGGGAGAGAAGGCUCUCGUCCAGGUCGAUGCAAAAUAUGCAUAUGGUGUCCGGGGGAGUCUUGAGCCUGAGGUUCCCCCCAACUCUGAACUAUCCCUAGAAGUCGAACUGCUGAAAGCUACUGAUGCUCCAGACGUGGAGCUGCUGCCCCCUCCAGAAAAGACCGCCCUGGCCAGCCAUAAGAGAGAGAGGGGCAACGUUCAUUAUCAGCGUGGGGACUACGCGUUUGCAGUGAAUUCGUACAGCAUUGCCCUGCAGAUAACACAGUCGAGUUCUAAAGUUGACAUUAGUCCCGAGGAGGAAAAUGAGCUGAUGGGUGUAAGAGUGAAGUGUUUAAACAACAUGGCUGCUUCUCAGCUGAAACUGGACCACUAUGACGCCGCACUCAAAUCUUGUGUCUCAGCACUGGAACACCAGCCAGACAACAUAAAAGCACUUUUCCGCAUGGGCAAGGUACUAGCCUUGCAAGGGGAAUAUACAGAAGCCAUUCAAACUUUGAGGAAGGCGCUGAAGUUGGAACCAAGCAACAAGACCAUCCACGCAGAGCUCUCCAAGCUGGUGAAGAAGAACUCUGAGCAGAGAGGAGCGGAGCAGGCCAUGUAUAAGAAGAUGCUGGGUAACCCCAGUGGUGGUAGCAGCAGCGGUUCUCAGAAACACCGGGCCAAGUCUACGUGGGGCCUCAGCUGGAAAUGGCUGUUUGGUGCCACUGCGGUAGCCAUUGGAGGUGUAGCAUUAUCCGUUGUCAUAGCUGCUAGAAAUUGAACCAAGCCUGAUGAGCUUGACCAAACCUCUGUAAUGUGAGCGUGAAUACAGAAGCACAUCUGGCAGUGCCUUUUGACUUUUGGUCGGGGGGGGGGGGGGGUGUUGGUCGGUCCUUUGCGUUGUCACUGUCACUCACCUUUCUCUGCUAUGUUUGAGAACUAUAUUUGACAAAUAAUAAAACAUUACUAUUUGCAUAUGGGAGUUGCAUCUCCAACAUUUAUAAAUGUGUAGCUUUAUGCAUAUCCGUCAUGUUGCCAGACACUGCUUUCCUUUGCUGCCAUUGUUUUAGUCUUUGGUAGUUAAAGUUGAAAUUUAUUUGAAAUGUAAAAUAAUUUAGCAUAGAUUCAGAUAAGAGCUAUUUACGUAUAUUUUUCCCAUUUAAGAAUAGCUAUUGUGAUAUGGUCCUUUAGUUAUGCUAUUGUUUUAAAGCAUCAGAUUGUGCAGCUUAAUUAAUAAUUCCUAUCCAAGAGAGAAUGUGUGAUUUCACUUUUGUUUUAAUUGUGGUACAAUGCUUAAUGUAUGUUGAAUGAUGUAAUGCAGAUGCUUUAUUAUUUGAGGUCCACAGGUUGGCAAAGUAUCUGGCUUGUGUGCUAUAGCGCUCACACCAUUUCUAAAGGCUACUCAUACACUAAGUGAACAUAAAAAUACAAGCCCCCUGUACAGUAAUGCAGUACUUCUGUUUUAGAAGUUGUCAGUUCAAUAGUGCGUAGUGAGGCUGGAGUUUGUUGUGAUAUUAUUCAGAAAGGUGUUCCUAAAAUUGUAUCCAGCUCAUUUUUAUACGUGUAUAUAGAGGAGCAAACAUAAAAAUAAAAAAGUACCAUGUUUGUAAUUAACUCCUAUCUGACACCGUCAACAGCAAGACACAGAAGUAGUAACAUGAAUCAACAUAAAUGCUGGGGUUUCUAUAUUCACUGUUCAGACUCUGUAUACAUAUAUUUAAGCAGCAGCGGAAGUGGAUGUACUUUCAUUUCAAUAUGUGUUAAAUUACAAAUUUCUUGUUAAUAGAGGUGCACUUAUUACAUUUAAAACAAGAACAGAGAAUGGUACGUAGUUUCUCAGUGAUGUCGCUACGAAUAACGCUGAAGGAGAGUUUAUUUUUAUUAUUCAAGUUCCAGUCAAUUAUACCUCACUUUUUGAUGAUUAAGACCAAAUGUUGAAGGAUGACACUUCAAGUACAAUGUGUGUGUAUAUGGAUUUCUUUUUUGUUCCCAAUAUGUUUUGCCUGUGAAGUAUUUCUGGGAAAUGAUGUUGCUUUAAGUGUUUAUUCCACUGUUCUGCCAUUCCAUUGUUUUCUUACCUAUAGUUAAAGACUAUGUGGCUUCUUCAGAGUAGAUGGGAGUCCUACAGAGCCAAAAGCUGCAUAAAUCAAACAGUUGGUGACAAAUGAAGUGGUCGAGAAAGUCCCCGGCAUUCCCUGUAUUUGUUAAUUUUAUAAUGACAAUAAAAUGUGUCCGACAUCAA